UCGCGGCGGCGGGCAGGCGGCGGGGCGACGGGCGGGCAUGCAAGGAGCCUCGGCCGGCGGCUCCCCGGAGGGGGAGGCGGGGGCCGAUGAGCGGCUGCGGGGGCAGGGCCGGGGCAGGCGCGUCCGGUUCCGUAUGCCGCACACCACCAUCGCGGUGCCGUCGUGCCGCGACGAGGAGCAGCUCUUCUACCGGCGCCUGGACGCGCUCGGGGCGCUGGGACCCGACGGCUUCGCGCCGCUCUUCGCCGCCGAGGGCUGGAGCGAAGUGACGGAGGAUCGGCUGCUGCGGAAGCGCGUGGUGCGGGACGGGCGGGGAGGCGCGCCGCAGCCAGGCCAGGAGGUGUCGGUGAAAUUGCUGGGAGCGCUGGAGGACGGCGGUCUGGUGGAGCGGGACCCGCGGCUCAGUUUCGUGCCGGGCCAGGGCGACGCCUUGCAGGUCGGCAGCGCAGGUGGCAGGGUGCGGGGCGCGGAGAGCCCGGCGAGCACAGCCCGUGCUUCGUGCCCGCAGGCGCUGGAACUCGGCGUCCCCACCAUGCGGGCCGGGGAGGUCUGCUUCUUCCUCGCCGCCUCUCCCUACGGCUACGGCCGCGCGGGCAGGGAGCCCGACGUGCCCCCCGAGGCGCCGCUGGUCUUCGAGGUGACGCUACUGGAGGUGCGCGACGGCCCCGACCCGCAGCGGCUGCCGCCCGCCGCCCGCCUCCGCCUGGGCGCGCAGAAACGGGAGCGCGGAAACGUCCACUUCGCGCGGGGCGACUUCGCGGCCGCGCUGCUGUCAUACCGCCUGGCACUGAGCGCCCUCGAAGGGUCCGGCGAGGAGCGGCGGGACGGGACGGGCGUCGACCUCCACCCCGCGUCCCCGCCCGGGCCGCACGAAGAGGAGCUGCGGGAGCAGCGCGUGAAGUGCCUCAACAACUGCGCGGCGGCAGCGCGGCGGCUGCAGAGAGGCGCGGAGGCGUUGGCGGCCGUGGAGGAGGCGCUGCGCCUCAGCCCGGAUAACGGCACCGCGCUGCUGCGGCGGGGACAGCUACUGGCCGAGGAGGGCCGCGACGAGGAGGCGGCGCGCGUGCUGCGGCGGGCGCUGGAGCUGGACCCGACCAGCAAGCCCGUGCACGCGGAGCUCUCCCGCCUGGCCAAGCGCCGCGCCCGCACCGCCGAGGAGCCCCGCGACCGUCCGCGGCCAACGCCGAGCUCCGGGGAGGGAAUGGCCCCGCCCGAGGAGCCGCGCUCCGAGCGACCGGGGCUCCGCACCGCCCCCGCGCGCACGCAGGAGGAGCGACCGCAGCGCUCCCCGCCCCCCGGGCCCACGGGCGCGGCCCCGCGGCUCCUCGCGCCUGCGCCGCAGCUCCCGGCGUUAUCGCCCCCGCCGGCGGAACGGCGGCCGUAG